AUGGCCCUGGGGCAUAAAUAUCUGGCAUCUCCCUCUCUCUUUUGGCGUGCUCCAAUUCUCUCAGCCGCAAAGACUUCUCGACAAGUCGGCAGCUACCGCACUUGGCCGACCAAGUACCGUAACUCACCACUCCGCUUCGCGCUUCGCGCAACCAACAGCACCAACCAGCACAACCUGCCGGUUUUUACCGGUAAAGACGCGAUAAUGUGCAGAAAAAUCCACGAAAUGAAUAAGGAUUGCGGCGAGGAAGUGAAAAAAGAGCAAAAGGGACGCAUGAAGGUAUACAUGAUAAUAUUCGGCCUCACCACUUCCCCUGCGAAGCGACAUAUUAUGUGCGGCAGACUUUGCGUUGUUAUUUCGGAUAAAGAUGAUCCCAAAGACAUCCGCCGAGCGAGAUUUCGCGGUUAUGGCGAGGGGGAUACGGGCAAGGCCAACCAGGUCCGCCAGCGUAUUCGCCAAAUCUCGACAAACAACGAUGGGAUGCAGGCAUGCCUCCUUAUCCUGUUCAUGCUCGGCCAGCUUCGUCGGCGCAGCCGGGUUAUCCGGCCUCGCAAUAUAGAACCCAAGGCGACACCCUACAGGGGGGACAGCGUCGUCUUGCCCCUGCCCCUGCUCCUGCUCCUGCUCCUGCUCAGGGGAGUUACUCGGGAUAUGGAUCAGCUGUAUCGGCGCAAGAUAAUUACACCGUCCCGCAAUACGGAACUCGAGGUGAUGCCCCACGGUGGGGCCCUCUUGCUCCUGCUCCUGCUCCUGCUCAAUGGGGUUACUCGCGAGGUCAACCAGGUCUACCGGCGGGUCAGCAAUUUUCCGGCCCGGGACGAGGGGGGUGGGCAGGUGUGCCUCCACCUACUCAUGCUCAAGCAGCUCAAUCGGCGCAAUAUGGUCAUCCCGCCCAGCAAGAAGGAACUCAAGGCAACACCCAACUGAGGGAACGGCGUCGUCGUGAUCCUGCCCCUAGUACUGCUCCUGCACCUCGUACUGCUCCUGCACCUCGUACUGCUCCUGCCCCUCGUACUGCUCCUGCCCCUCGUACUGCUCCUGCUCAAACGCAUUACCCGGAACAUCAAUUAGUUCCGCCGGCGCAGGAGUAUGACGAUUCGCAACAACCGGC